ACAUGACCCGCCCCCGCCGCCGCCGCCGCCCCCGCUCGUCGGCGGCAACGCCCGCGGCCGUGGAGGACGACGACCUACUCUCCGAGAUCCUCCUCCGCCUCCCGCCGCUCCCUUCCUCCCUCACCCGCGCCUCCGCCGUCUGCAAGCGAUGGCGCUGCCUCGCCUCGGAUCCAGCCUUCUCCCGCCGCUUCCGCAUCCACCACCGCCGCAACCCUCCACUCCUCGGCUGCUUCCAGACAGGUACCGACGGCAUAUCCUUCGAGCCUACUCUGGAGGCCCCCAAUCGUGUUCCGCCCGGGCGCCUCUCCUUGCAGUUUAACUCCUUCGUCCGAUUACUCGGGUGCCGCCAUGGCCUCGUAUUAAUCUUGGACCAGACGCAGCAGCUCCUGGUGUGGGACCCCUUCACCGGCCACCAGCAUCGUCUACGCAUUCCCAGGAAGUUCGAUCCGAGCAAAUCCUUGAUCAACGGGGCGGUGCUCCGGUCUGCUGCCGGAGACGUCCACUUCCAGGUCGUCUUGGUAGUGGCAGAUUGUGACAAUAAGUUGCUGGCCUGUGUUUACUCGACAGAGACUGGGGUGUGGGGUACACUAAUCUCAACACCAAUUCCAUCCGGGAACUCCCUUCACACCAGGGUUUGUUGGGAGCCCGCUGUGUUAGUUGGGGAUUCCCUUUACUGGAUACUCGCUAGUACUACUUUGUUAAAUCUGCUCCAGUUUGAUUUGAAGAGGAAGAGCUUAGCCGUGAUACAGCUGCCGGCAGAUAAGUCUUAUGAUGUGCUAGGACGCUUUAUAAGUCCUGAAGGGCGCUUCACUGUCACGCGGGCAGAGGGUGGUGGGCUGGGUUUGCUCUCUGUGUCAGGCUUCACCGCGCAAUUAUGGAAGAUGAAGACCAGUUUCGAUGGCGUUGCAUCAUGGGGGAUGGAAAAAACUGUCCAACUGGAGAAGCUUCUCUCCAUGGAUUCAGAGGAUUACUUAAUCAUACAAGGGUACGCCGAGGACAAUAAUUUGGCGUUCCUGUGGACCGGCAGGAGCCUCUUCACGCUCAAGCUUGAGCCAUUGCAGUGCGAGAAACUUUUCGACACCAACAAUUGGCGUCGUCAUUAUCCAUUUGAAAUUGUCUAUGCUGCAGUCUAAGUCAGUUUGGCCAUAGGAGACUUUAUACUGAACACAUGAGCGAAGGUCUUUCGGGUCAAGAGAGCUUAAUAUAAUGCAUCCAUGUGUGAGCAACAUGAGAGAGCGUUUGAACAGAUCUAGAUGCCAGGAUGAUUUGACAAAUGCAACUUGCUGGUA